UCCGUAUCUGCGAGCGGCCCGGAGCGGCGGCGGCGGCGGUGGCGGCGGCGCCAUGAGCGGGGGCACCCCUUACAUCGGCAGCAAGAUCAGCCUCAUCUCCAAGGCGGAGAUCCGCUACGAGGGCAUCCUCUACACCAUCGACACCGAGAACUCCACAGUCGCCCUCGCCAAAGUUCGAUCAUUUGGUACAGAAGACAGACCAACAGAUCGCCCAAUACCACCUAGAGAUGAAGUCUUUGAAUACAUUAUAUUCCGUGGAAGUGAUAUUAAAGACCUCACUGUUUGUGAGCCACCAAAACCACAAUGUUCUUUGCCUCAGGACCCAGCUAUCGUUCAGUCUUCACUAGGCUCAUCUACUUCUUCAUUCCAGUCAGUGGGAUCCUACGGACCUUUUGGCAGGAUGCCAACAUACAGUCAGUUUAGUCCCAGUUCAUUAGUUGGGCAGCAGUUUGGUGCUGUUGGUGUUGCAGGAAGUUCCUUGACAUCCUUUGGGACAGACACAUCAAACAGCGGUGCUCUAUCCCAGAGUAGUGCAGUUGGUUCUGCGUUCACACAGGACACAAGAUCCAUAAAAACACAGUUAUCUCAAGGUCGUUCAAGCCCUCAGUUAGAUCCUUUGAGAAAAAGCCCAACCAUGGAACAAGCAGUACAGACCGCCUCGGCCCACUUACCUGCUCCAGCACCUGUUGGGAGAAGGAGCCCUGUAUCAACCAGGCCUUUACCAUCUACCAGCCAAAAAGCAAUAGAGAACCAAGAGCACAGGCGAGCUGAAGUACACAAAGUUUCAAGACCAGAAAGUGAGCAACUCAGAAGUGAUAAUAAGAGACAAAUAGGGGCCACACCUGGUGGUACACUGGGACCACCAGGUUUAAGACCAGGGAAAGGGCGGCCUACAAUGAUGGAAGUUGAACUUAGGACCUCUCUCAGGACAGCACCAGGUGCACCUUCAGCUCCAAGGAGAGGGCGUGGGGCUCAUCGAGGAGGCAGGGGAAGGUUUGGUAUUCGACGAGAUGGUCCAAUGAAAUUUGAGAAAGACUUUGACUUUGAAAGUGCUAAUGCACAGUUUAACAAGGAAGAAAUCGACAGAGAGUUUCAUAAUAAACUGAAAUUGAAAGAAGAUAAACUUGAGAAACAAGAGAAGCCUGUAAAUGGUGAAGAUAAAGGAGAUUCAGGAGUUGAUACCCAAAAUAGUGAAGGCAAUGCUGACGAAGAAGAUCCACUUGGACCCAAUUGCUAUUACGACAAAACUAAAUCCUUCUUCGAUAAUAUUUCUUGUGAUGAUAACAGAGAAAGAAGACCAACCUGGGCUGAAGAAAGAAGAUUGAAUGCUGAAACAUUCGGAAUCCCGCUUCGUCCAAACCGUGGCCGAGGGGGUUACAGAGGCAGAGGAGGUCUUGGCUUCCGUGGCGGUCGAGGACGUGGCAGCGGCAGAGGUGGUACUUUCACCACCCCUCGGGGAUUUCGUGGGGGAUUCAGAGGAGGUCGUGGUGGCAGGGAGUUUGCGGAUUUUGAAUAUAGGAAAGACAACAAAGUUGCUGCGUAGUCUACAAACAAGUCUUUGAAAAUAGGUGAAUAGCUCUUCAUGGUCCUAAGAAUUGGUUUCAGUCUUUGUGAAGAACGAAGAAGUGAAUUGAAGAAGUGAAUCGCUGUAUAUUUGUCACCAGCACUGGGUUUUUUUUGUUUGUUAUUUCUCUGCUUAAUUUCAAAGAUAUGAUGCAGUUACUUUUAGGGGCAGGGCGGGGGGGGGGGGAGCUCAUCUUUUAAAAAAAAAUGAGCAUUAAAUAUAUUUGGAAUAGCAGAAGGUUAAGUAAUUUCUUAUGUAUAGUUAACUAAAGCAGUACUUCAGUGGGACUUAUAAGUAUUUUUUCAUUACUGAAAGGAUUUUUCUUAUUACUGAGUCGUAUUUGGCAAUUACUGCAAGUUGCCUGCAGCUAGGGCCGUGAGACUGUGUUUUGAGCCCCAGAAGCGUCGUGUGUAUCUGUGUGUGGGUGUGUGCGGGUGACUGUCUUUCUUUUUGGAAAUCUUGUAAUAUCCCUUUUGAGGUAGCUUAUUUCGUCACUUAAUUAGGGUGCUGGAUGGUAGAGAAUUUUGUCAGUCCGCUAUGUACACAACAGUAAAUACUGUUUCUUAGGCAAAGGUAACUUUUUUAUAUAGUUGUAAAAUUCCAUUAUAUUCCAUUGCCAAAGAAACAUUAAGAACUUUGUAUAGCUGUAUAAAAAGCAACUAAUUUUUUAAAGAAUAAACAUUUUAAAGUCAGCAAACAUACUGUGUCCUUGCAGAAAUUGAUGACUGAGGAGCAGAGAUAUGGGUGGGUCUUUUUUUAUUUUUCCUUUUCAGAGUUUUCCAGGCUUAAGAUUUUUAUUUUAUUUCAUUUUUAAUGUUUGGAGCAUAAAUGUAAAUUUGUUACCUUCUUCCAUUAUAAAAAGGAUAUAAAUUAUUCAAGCUUAUUGUAAGAAGCUUAUUUUGUAUUUGUCCAAAUAGUAAAUACUUUCAGUAUAUGAAUGUAAAUAAUCACAGAUUAAAAUGUACUUAGCUGUAUUUUCAAAUAAGGAACUUCCCUCUUUUUUUUUAAGACAUUGAAACUACGCUUCAGUUAACUUAUUACUCUCUUACAUGCCUGGAAAUUUUUUUUGUGACACCUGGCUCAUUCCAUUAUAUUUCUAGAGGCUUCAGAAUCUUAGUGAAUAUUUUGACUACCUUCAAUAUAUCAGAACACUAGUCCUCGUGCCUGUGACCCACUGAUAACUUAGUGUCGACUUCAUUGCUGAUUCUAAAUUACUAGCAAAUGUUUUUGAUAUUUUCAACUAGAGUGAACAAAAUCUGGCCACUUUUGUGUUUUAUGAAGGCCAUGGAAUAAAGGGAUCCAAAGAUUUAAAUACUUUAUUCUAUUUUGGUUUUGUUAACUUUCUCAAUAAAGUAGUAGUCAUAAAUAUGUGGAAAGCUGCACUGUAGGACAAUUGGAAUAUUUAAAGAUGAUUGAUAUUUUUAAUUUUAAUUUUAUAUCUUUUGUAUAGCUUUACAAGGAACUGUUUUGUAAUUCGGUUUCAUUAUUAAGGUCCAGUAUUUGGCAGCCAUAGUUUCGAUAAUAUUGUUUAAUACUGUUUGCUUGCAUGUUAACAACAAAACCUUUCGGAGGACCCCCCAAAUCAUGAUACUGAACACAUUUUUGAGGCAUUCUGAACAGCAGAGUAAGUGCCAUGGUGAAUACUGGGAUGUCUCGGGCCUAUUUCAAGAAGAAAAACUGUAAAUACCAAUUCCACCUGCCCUAAAAGUAUGAAUUCAUGCAUUUUCCCCAGCCUUCUGGGUCUCUGACUACAGCAUAUGGUGCCCCAAUAACUGGCAGCAUGGCACACCUGCAGUGCACCUUACAAUAUUAAAUCAAAAUUUUUAUUCUGGGGCUGGAGAGAU